AUGGUUCUCCGAUCAGGAGUCUACCGUAUCGGAUCUUCAGUCGAAUUUGACUGUGUCAGAUGCAUUCGUGAAUUGGAUGCACAUGGAUACUCCACUAUUACAGUCAUUUGUAAUCCAGAAACUGUCUUCACUGAUUACGAUAUGUGUGAUCGAUUGUAUUUUGAGAAGAUCUCAUUUAAAACUGUUCUUGAUGUGUAUCAUAUUGAACAACCGAGAGGAGUAUGCUGGCAUUCGGAGGAUAGGCAUCGAACAAUAUUGCGAUGA